AUGUGCGGCAGGGAGGUUGAACAUUACACGGUGAAUGAGAAGAAGUUAACGCUUGGUUGGCUGCAUCCGGAAAAUAAGGAGUACCUGAGAGAGCGUGCGGCUCAUCCUGAGGUGAUUGAAGUCCUACUGAAAGGGGUCCCGGCGGUGAUCUCACCGGCGAUGGUCAAGAAGAACCUGGUGACUGCGGUGCUGUUGAAGAGGGGUCGUACUGCUUUCCUGUAUGGGUCGGCGUUUCACUGGGUGCUGGAUCCGGUUUCGGAAUCAGACACGGACAAGAUUAAGGGUCUGGUGUUCAGGCAUCCGGGGGAUAAGUAUAAGUGGUGGCACAAGGUCACCGACCGCGUCCUCGGAGUGGAGCUGAUGGUGUCGCGGUCGCAGCGGCAGAUCCCACGUCUCACCUUUGUACCGUCUCCCCUCCGAGCAGCUGCUUCCAUGAAGCUCACUCCGGCGAUGAAGACUCUGCUUGCGGACCCGGCGAUCACUUUCGUCUCCACAGGAGGUGUUCGGGAGGAGUGGCUGUGCGUGCAGGAGGAGUGUGGGAAGACCCAUGGUACCAGUUUCGAAAAGGCGGUCGAGCACGUGCAGUCAGUUCGUCACGGCACUGGGUUGCUCAAGGCUGGCGCAGCGACCCGCCUGAGCAUGGGGAAGCCGGCCCUGGGCCAAGUCAAGAAGGAUUUCAAAAUGUGA